AUGUCAAACGGAUACCAGACAUCACCACCGAAUGUGGCCCUCUGCGUCACAAUUCAGGACUUCGAGGCUGCUGCAAAAGCAGUGCUCCCAAACAAAACAUGGGUCUACGCCUCCAGCAGUGCAGCUUCAGGUCUAUCUCUCCAAUCCAAUCUCGACGACUGGUCUCGAAUCAACUUCCGUCCACGGAUCAUGAGGAGUGUUAGCUCGUUGAAUCCAACGCGUCCAAUUCUGGGUCACCCCGGCAGUCAACCAUUCUUCGUUUCCGCAAUGGGAACUCUAGGCAACGCACAUCCCGGAGCAGAGCCACUGCUCGUUCGAGGCGCGACUCGAAAGGGCUUGCAUACCGUGGUCAGCACGGCGACAAGUAAACCCUUGGAGGAGAUUAUGGAGGCACACCUGGACGAACAGCGCCAACUCGGUAACCAAAGUCCGUCCAAGCUGGCUUUCCAGUUGUACGUCCCCGUGGAUCGGAACCUAGCUCGAUCUUUGAUUCGGAGGGUCAAGGCAGCUGGUUAUCACAGUCUAUGGAUUACCGUAGAUACAUCCACGCUGGGCAAACGGACGGCGGAUCGCUAUUUGCAAGCACAAGAAGCUCUCGAUCAAGGCACACGGGAGACAACCCGAGAGGCUGCAGCCGACAACGCUUUUGGCCCUGCAUUUGGUGGCCGGCCUGUACCGGGAUACCUGGAUCCGGGUCUUAGCUGGGAGGAUUUGGAGUGGAUCACUGAAGAAUGGAAUGGACCGAUUGUCCUGAAGGGGAUUCAGACCGUGGAGGAUGUAAAGUUGGCUGUGCAACACGGCGUGCAGGGUGUCCUUUUGAGCAAUCACGGUGGCCGACAGAUUCAUUCAGCUCCCAGCGCAUUGAUGACUUUGUUGGAAACCCGGACAUACUACUCUGAAGCUUUCGACAUGUUGGAUAUAUAUGUCGAUGGCGGCCUCCGUGAUGGUGCCGAUGUUCUCAAGGCCUUGUGUCUUGGGGCAACAGCUGUAGGUGUGGGCAGGCCAUAUUUCUACGCCAUGGCAGCCUAUGGGAUUGAAGGCGUGGAGAAGUGCACCGAUAUUCUCGCUGAGGAAGUUGAAAUCACCAUGAAGAUUCUCGGGGUUUCCUCACUCGACCAGCUCGGACCGGAUAUGGUCAACGCCAGCCGACUUUUGAAUGAGAUGUGGCGGCCAGACAUCUGGUGGAACAAGUCCAAGCUGUAA